AGGAUAUCUGGCUUUCACCCAGGAGACCCGGGUUCGAUUCCCGGCAACGGAAUUUUGCCAUUUUCAUCUGUUUUCUUUGUUGGUUAGCUGCUUAACCUCCAAAUCUUUUUAAAGCGCUGUUGGCUGGUUCCCAUUUGAAUGGAGGGGGAAAAUGGAGACGAAAACAUUAAUUUUGGACUCAUUUUUCAGAAAAUGAUGCUCUUCCUACUCCUACAUCUUUUAAUAAUUGAUAGCUACACAAAACAUUUGCACCGGCAACAGACAGCAACAGCGGAGAAGACAUUGGACAACAGCAGCUUUACCUUCGGAACUAAGGUGGUAGGAAAAUCUUUCUUAGGUUACCCGGUCCCAUGGAGUGGCAGAGGCAGAGCAACAACGAAAGGGACAGCGUGUCCACUAACAAAGUGCUCAGCACGUCGAACCCGGCAGACUUCAGUCCACCACUUUCUCUGCUGACUGCCAUCUGAGAAUUAAUGAUCAUCGAUCGGACUCUAUCAUCUGUCUCUCCUUCUCAGCUCCCUCCCUCCCUCCCUCUGUAGUUUGUAGUAAUAAUUAUCCUCCGAGAAGUAACAACGCUUUUAAGUUUAAUUCUUAGUUCUUAAUCUUUACAAGCACUUUCUCUGUACUCAAAUCAAAACCUUAAAUCCGGCUCCUCCUACCAAUCGAAGCCCUAACGUGGCUCAGAAUUCAGAACCUCUCCUGGAUUCAGUUUUUUCAUCACUCAAACGAACGCUACGCUAGGGCUUUCAAUUACUCCAAUCGUCUAAUGCCCCCCCGUUUUCUGUUCAGAGCUAACUGUAACGAAUAGCCUUUUUAUUUUUUAUCAAAUAAUGUCCGUUGCCGAGCUCAAAGACCGCCACGUGGCUGCCACGGAGACUGUGAACGCUCUCAGGGAGCGCCUUAAGCAGAAACGGCUCUCUCUGCUCGACACCGAUGUUGCGGGUUAUGCGAUAUCGAAGAGUCGGACCUCGGUCAGCUUCGGACCCACCGAUCUGGUCUGCUGUAGAACACUUCAGGGUCAUACAGGCAAGGUGUAUUCACUGGAUUGGACUCCUGAGAAGAAUCGAAUUGUCAGUGCAUCUCAAGACGGUCGGUUGAUAGUGUGGAAUGCUUUAACAAGCCAGAAGACUCAUGCAAUAAAGCUGCCUUGUGCAUGGGUCAUGACUUGUGCUUUCUCACCAUCUGGUCAAUCUGUUGCCUGUGGUGGUCUUGAUAGUGUAUGCUCUAUCUUUAACCUUAAUUCCCCCAUGGACAAGGAUGGCAAUUUACCAAUGUCAAAAAUGCUUAGUGGGCAUAAGGGGUAUGUUUCAUCCUGUCAAUAUGUUCCAGAUGAGGAAACUCGCUUAAUCACCAGUUCUGGUGAUCACACGUGUGUUUUGUGGGAUAUUACUACAGGCCUUAGAAUUUCUCUUUUCGGAGGUGAAUUUCAGUCUGGACACACUGCAGAUGUACUAAGUGUCUCGAUUAAUGGAUCAAACUCAAGAAUGUUUGUAUCUGGUUCCUGUGAUGCAACUGCCUGUUUGUGGGACACUCGUGUUGCAAGCCGAGCGGUGCGAACAUUUCAUGGACAUGAGGGAGAUGUUAAUACUGUAAAAUUCUUUCCAGAUGGCAAUAGAUUUGGAACAGGCUCAGAUGAUGGAACUUGCAGGUUAUUUGAUAUAAGAACAGGGCACCAACUCCAAGUAUACCAUCAGCAGAACAAUGAUAAUGAUGUCCCUCAUGUGACCUCCAUUGCAUUCUCUAUAUCAGGAAGACUUCUCUUUGCCGGAUAUUCAAAUGGUGAUUGUUAUGUUUGGGACACGUUAUUGGCAACGGUGGUUUUGAACUUGGGAUCACUCCAGAACUCACAUGAGGCCCGGAUAAGCUGUUUGGGUUUAUCAGCUGAUGGAAGUGCGUUAUGUACAGGAAGUUGGGAUGCAAACCUAAAGAUAUGGGCUUUUGGAGGGCAUAGGACGGUAAUCUGAAGCAUUGGAAGAGAAAAGGACCACGCUUCUCAUAAUACUGCAUCCUUGGUAAAAACUAAAAUGCUUUUAAAUUCCCUAGUUUGUUGUAAUUUGGAAAACUGAGAAUCUGAAUAUUAGAGAGAGAAAAAAAAAAUAUUUCUAUUGA